UCACGUGCUCCCCCUGUCCUAGCCGAACGUGCAUCCUGCUGUGGGGACGGUCGAGCCAUGGCAGCCCUGCUGAGACCUGCCCGCUGGCUCCUCCGUGCCGGGGCGGUCCCGGGCCUCCCGCUCCCCCUGCGCCUCCUCGCGGGCGGCCCGGGUCGGCCUCGUGUUGCCCUCUGUCUGCCCGCCGCUUGCCCCGGGCCCGCCGCCGGAGGGCUACUGAGCCAGGCCAGGCUGUAUGCCAUUGCUGCUGAAAAAAAGAAUUAUCUUCAAGAGGAGCCCACUUCUUCACAUAGAAGGAAUGCCAGUCAAUUUGAUUGGGCUUUAAUGAGACUAGAUAAUUCUGUCAGAAGAACUGGCCGCAUCCCAAAGACUCUUCUACAGAAAGUCUUUGAUAACACCUGCCACUCAGGUAGCCCGGGUGGUAAUCAAGCCUUGCUUCUACUGCGCAGCUGUGGUUCUUUGUUGCCUGAACUAAAGCUCUCAGAGAGAACAGAAUUUGCCCAUAGGAUAUGGGACAAACUUCAGAAAUUGGGUACUGUGUAUGAUGUAAGUCACUAUAAUGCUUUACUUAAAGUCUACCUUCAAAAUGAAUAUAAAUUUUCACCAACUGACUUCCUGGCAAAAAUGGAGGAAGCAAACAUUCAACCAAAUCGAGUGACAUACCAGAGGUUGAUUGCUGCUUAUUGUAAUGUAGGAGACAUUGAAGGUGCCAGUAAGAUUCUUGGCUUUAUGAAGACUAAGGAUCUCCCAGUCACAGAGGCAGUGUUCAGUGCCCUUGUUACAGGGCAUGCAAGAGCUGGAGAUAUGGAGAAUGCAGAAAAUAUUCUAACAGUGAUGAAAGAGGCUGGAAUUGAGCCUGGUCCAGAUACGUACCUAGCAUUAUUGAAUGCAUAUGCUGAGAAGGGUGACAUUGACCAUGUUAAGCAGACUCUGGAGAAGGUGGAGAAGUCUGAUCUUUAUCUUAUGGACCGUGAUUUAUUUCAAAUUAUCUUUAGCUUCAGUAAAGCUGGGUAUCCUCAAUAUGUCUCAGAAAUUUUGGAAAAAAUUACAUAUGAAAGAAGAUAUAUUCCAGAUGCAAUGAAUCUCAUUUUGCUUUUAGUCACUGAAAAAUUGGAAGAUACAGCAUUGCAGAUUUUAUUAGCAUGUCCUAUAUCAAGGGAAGACGGUCUGAAUGACUUUGGCAGUUUUUUUUUACGGCACUGUGUGACUAUGGAUACGCCUGUGGAGAAGCUGAAGCACUACUGUAAGAAGCUGAAGGAUGCUCAGAUGCACACCUCUGCUUUGCAGUUCACACUCCAGUGUGCUUUACUGGCCAAUAAACCCGAUUUGGCAAAAGCUCUAAUGAACGCACUGAAGGAAGAAGGUUUUCCUGUCAGAACUCAUUAUUUUUGGCCGUUGCUAGUUGGAUAUCAGAAGGAGAAAAAUGUUCAAGGUGUAAUUGAAAUCCUCAAAGGAAUGCAUGAAAUGGGAGUAAAUCCUGACCAGGAGACAUACGUAAAUUACGUGUUUCCGUGUUUUGAUAGUGUAAAAUCAGUUCGUGCUGUUUUGCAGGAAAAUGGAUGUCUACCUGAAAGUAAUGUAUUUUCUCAAGCUGAAUUGAAAAGUGAAGCAGUAAAUGGGAACUUAGACUAUAUUUUAUCAUUUUUGGAAUCAAAUACAUUGCCUUUCUCAUUUACUUCUUUGAGAGGCAGCCUAAUUCUAGGCUUUAGGAGGUCUAUGAAUAUAAAUCUUUGGAGCAAGAUAACAGAACUCUUGUACAAGGAUGGACGUUAUUGCCAGGAGCCUCUAGGACCAACGGAAGCUGUUGGCUAUUUUCUUUAUAACUUGAUUGACAGCAUGAGUGACUCAGAGGUACAGGCCAAGGAGGAGCAUUUGAGACAAUACUUCCAUCAGCUGAAGGAGAUGAAUGUAAAAAUUCCUGAAAAUAUCUACAGAGGCAUUCGUAAUCUACUGGAUAACUACCAUGUUCCCGAGUUGAUUAAGGAUGUUAAUAUACUGGUUGAGAGAGAGAAGAUAGACUCUCGAAAAACCAUGCAGCUUACAAUAUCUGAUUUGGAGUCCACACUUGAAAAACUAAAAGCUGAAAAUCAACCUGUAGGAGAUGUCCUAAAGCAACUCAUAUUAAUGCUUUGUUCAGAAGAGAACAUGCAAAAAGCUCUUGAAUUGAAAGCAAAAUAUGAAUCGGACAUGGCUGUCGGUGGCUAUGCAGCUUUAAUAAAUUUGUGCUGUCGACAUGAUAAUGCAGAAGAUGCAUUGAACCUGAAACAAGAAUUUGACCGUUUAGAUUCAUCUGCCGUCCUUGACACCAACAAGUAUGUGGGCCUUGUAAAAGUAUUGGGAAAACAUGGCAAGCUCCAAGAUGCUAUUAACAUUCUAAAGGAGAUGAAAGAGAAGGAUGUUCUUAUCAAAGAUGCAACAGUCUUGUCCUUUUUCCACAUCCUAAAUGGCGCAGCUUUAAGAGGUGAAACUGAAACAGUACAACAGUUGCAUGAAGCCAUCGUGACUCUAGGGUUAGCGAAACCAUCCACCACCAUAAGUUCCCCUUUGGUCACUCUUUAUUUGGAAAAGGAUGACUUACCUACUGCUCUUGAAGUUGCCAUUGACUGCCAUAAGAAGUAUAAAAUAUUACCAAGGAUUCAUGAUGUCUUGUGUAAACUGAUUGAGAAAGGCGAGACUGAUCUAAUUCAGAAAGCAAUGGACUUUGUGAGCCAAGAACAAGGUGAAAUGACGAUGCUCUAUGAUCUCUUCUUUGCCUUUCUACAAACAGGAAAUUACAAAGAGGCCAAGAAGAUCAUUGAGACUCCAGGCAUUAGAGCUCGGCCUACAAGACUUCAGUGGUUUUGUGAUAGGUGUAUUUCAAGUAAUCAGGUUGAAACUCUAGAAAAAUUAGUGGAGCUGACGCAGAAGCUAUUUGAAUGUGAUAGAGACCAGCUAUACUACAAUCUGCUGAAAAUAUAUAAAAUAAAUGGUGACUGGCAAAGAGCUGAUGCCGUUUGGAAUAAAAUGCAAGAAGAAAAUAUUAUUCCUCGUGGGAAGACAUUAAGAUUAUUAGCAGAAAUCCUUAGAAACAGUAAUCAGGAGGUUCCGUUUGAUGUACCUGAGUUGUGGGAUGAGGAUGAAAAACAUUCUCUGGAUUCUUCACCCUUACCUGAGGAGAGUAAUCUCCAGAAAGAUCUUCUGAAUGCCUGCCAAUGGAAGAAAAACAAAGAUGCGUAUAAUAUUUUCCUGAAAGCACAAAAUCGAAAUGUUGUGUUUAACGGUGAAACUUACAACAGUCUUAUAAAAUUACUAUUGACGAAGGAUAAUUUUACACAAGCAAUGCAAGUGAAAGAUUUCGCUGAGACCCACAUCAAGGGCUUCACACUGAACGAUGCUGCCAGCAGCCUCCUCAUCAUAACGCAAGUUAGGCGGGAUUAUUUGAAAGAGGCUCUAACAACACUAAAAACAGCCCUGGAUCUGGAGCAGAUACCUUCUAGGAUAGCAGUGACCCGCCUUAUUCAGGCAUGUGCUUUGAAGGGUGAUCUAGAAAGCAUACAAGCGAUUCAGAAGAUGGUAAAUGGACUCGAAGAUUCCAUUGGACUUUCAAAUAUGGUUUUCAUCAAUAACAUUGCUUUGGCACAAAUAAAGAACAAUAACAUAGAUGUUGCAAUAGAAAACAUUGAAAAUAUGCUUACUUCAGGGAAUCAAACCAUGGAACCCCAGUACUUUGGCUUGGCAUACUUAUUCAGAAAAGUAAUAGAGGAGCAGCUGGAACCAGCAGUUGAAAAGAUAAGCAUCAUGGCAGAGAGAUUGGCCAAUCAGUUUGCAGUUUACAAACCUGUCACCGAUCUCUUCCUUCAGCUUGUGGACUCAGGCAAGGUGGAUGAUGCCAGAGCUCUCCUACAGAGAUGUGGUGCAAUUGCUGAACAGACCCCAAUUUUCCUGGUGUUCUGUAUUCGGAGUUCUCGGAGACGAGGAAAGGCACCAGCUCUGAAAUCUUUGUUAGAAUUGAUUCCUGAAUUAACUGAAAAGGAAGAAGCAUACACUUCCAUCAUGAAAAGCUAUGUCUUGGACAAUGAUGUCGUGUCUGCUAAAGCACUAUAUGAAAACUUGACUGCAAAGAAUAUGAAGUUGAACGAUCUGUUUCUAAAGCGUUACGCAGUUUUUCUGAAGAAUGCUGGAGAGUCUGUCCCUUUCACUGAGCCCCCUGAAAGCUUUGAGUUUUAUGCAAAGCAGCUAAAGGAAUCAAGGGAGAACCCUUUGUGAAAAAAGCAGCCACUACUUUGUUUUGUGUGUAUUUGUAAUUCUGUGUCUAAAAUGUUAUUUUUUAAAUGUAUUUGCAAGAACAAAAUAAAUAAAUGAAAAGUUACUUUGUUUAUGUACUUUUGUUUAUUUGUAUAUCAUCAUAUAAUUAUAUGAUAGGUUCAGAUCUCAUUGACAAUAAUUGUGUGCACUCAGUCACUAGACUUAUUUUGGGUUUUGCCUACAAUAUAAAUCUACGGCAUUUUCUUCGAGGCUCCUAAUGUCUGAAGCCGUAGUUUUUCAGGGUUCUUCUCCCAUUGACUCUUCAGUUCUCGUGUUUUGUGUUGUUUACUAUUUUCAUAAAAAGGUUGUUCUUUAUUUAAGACUUGCAUGUUAAUAUUGUUGAUCUGAAAAAUUUUGAGCUGGACAAAAUGAUGCUCAGUGAACUUUCUAAUAUUUAAUAUUCUAUAAUAUAACAAUUCUUUGAAGCCCUGCAUAACUUUCCAGUUCUGUAAAAUGUUGGCGCCAGAAGGCAUCUUGUGAGUCAUCAGAUCCAGCCCUCAUAUUUUUCCAGUGAGAAGCAGAGACUCAAAGAGACUUGUCACUUGCCCUUGGCCAGGGUGCUGUUUGCCAACCCUGGAGGCUCCGCACCGUGCUUUCCCUUCUCCAUGGUGGCUUCCAGGAGCCUCUGUUCACAGAAGUCUCUCAAACUGUGUCUCAGUCAUGGCUUUGGUCAUGAAGCAGAGCAGUGCAUUUCCUCUCGUUUUGGAUUUAGGUCUUUGUCAGCACAAGCUACACCCUACACUGGACUUGUUACUUUAUACUCAUAUUCUGUGAAUAUGUGAUUUAAUACAUGAAGGAGUGAGAUCUUGGUUUGAGAGUUAUCCCUAUUUGGGUGUAUUCCUUGUCCAUUUGAAAUUGGUGACUACCUACUGUUUUGAUUUCAGUGACGACUUGCUUGGUUCCCACUAUGUACCUGAGGGGAGACCUUGCCUUGGGGGGAGUAAGCCAGCCUCCCGCUGUUUGUGCUGCUAACCUGUGUCUUGUGGGACCAGCCAUCCUGCAUCUAGAGCCUGCAGAUGGUGUGAGAGGCAGAGUUGAUGGAGGGAAACCAAGAAAUAAAUGUCAUCGUGGCAUUGGCCAUACUUUUCUUCAUCUGUGUUUUGUAGAUUUAGCCCUAAGGAAUCAGGGGGCUUGGCCAGUGCCCAGUCCUGGCCUGGAGGACUUCAUGAAGCUUUCCUGUAUACACUCCUCGGGUGCAGGACCUGUACAGUGUUAGAGUAUUGAUACUGUCUGAUUUGCCAUGAGCCUCACUCCAUUAGAAAUUGCACUGAAGCAGGCCUGUUUUUUGCAGUUGCUAACCAUAAGUUACUUGAAUAAGUUUGAUUGAUGUUUAUUAAAAUAGGUCUCUUUAGAUGUAGCAUAACCUUGGGGCAUGAUCUGGACUUUCCAGUCAUCCUUGGGGAAACUGAGAGUACAAUCUCAUUUGCAUUAAGGGACUCCAAGCCAGCCUUGUGUAUUGACUCUGAUAAAAUGUGAGUGUAGGGCAGAGGAAAUAGGUGUGAACCCCUCAUCUAGCGUUCUAGACAACAGGCUGGGGCUGUUAACUAUAUUUCAUGGAUUAACAAAGAACUGUGAAGUCAUGUGUCUUUAGCACUGUAUCGGCUUCCCCUUUUGAAUAUGAAUAUUUAAAAUGUAAUGUAUAUUCUAGAUGGGCUUAUGAAUGCUUUCUAAAAUAUCUAAUAGUGAAAUUGAAAUAAAUAGAAAUAUAGAGUGAAUACAGUUAUAGCAGCAGAAAAUAAUACAUUUUAGACAAAUGAUAAGCAAACAGCUAAUCCUGAAAAAUAAGCAUCACUAUAAACUUUUGGAAAGUGUAGUGUUUUAUAUGUAAUUGUAUGUUCAUGUAUUUGAACCUAAUACUUUAAUGUGAAAUGCUUUGAAUAAAUUGUACUCCAAAAA